CAAACACAUCUUCCGAAGCUGCUCGGAGAACUUCGAUGGUGUAUAUAGCGCUGCCUUUCGCGGUCGAUCUUCGAAAUCCCAAUCGGAAUGAAUUCCAAUAGUGUGCUCUAAUCCGAACGAUUCGGAAAACAAAUCAUGUGGUUUUCGUUUUGGAAGCCCAGGGAUCGGUUCUCCUUAGACGAGCUCAGGUAUUUAACUGACCAGCUGGUAAAAGUUCAGAUUGUGAAUGAAGUGAACAAGUCUGUUAUAAAGGAUUUCGUUAUUGAAGCGCUGAGAUCAAUUGCGGAGUUGAUAACAUAUGGGGACCAGCAUGACUCGACCUUUUUCGAAUUUUUCAUGGAGAAGCAAGUCAUGGGAGAGUUUGUACGAAUAUUGAAGGUUAGCAGAACUGUGAGUGUUUCACUUCAGUUGCUGCAAACAAUCAGCAUUAUGAUCCAGAACCUAAAAAAUGAACAUGCCAUAUACUACAUGUUCAGUAAUGAACAUAUGAACUACUUGAUAACUUAUUCGUUUGAUUUCCAAAAUGAAGAACUACUGUCAUACUACAUAUCCUUCUUAAGAGCAAUAAGUGGAAAGCUAGACAGGAAUACAAUUUCUUUGCUUGUAAAGACUCACAAUGAUGAAGUGGUUUCAUUUCCCCUCUAUGUUGAGGCAAUACAUUUUGCCUUCCAUGAGGAGAGCAUGGUCCGCACUGCCAUACGGGCUUUGACGCUUAAUGUUUAUCAUGUUGGAGAUGAGUCUGUCAAUAGAUAUGUCACCAGUGCCCCUCAUGCAGAUUAUUUUUCAAACCUAGUUACAUUUUUCCGAAAGCAGUGCAUCAAUCUAAAUGCAUUGGUUUCUGACACUAUGAAAAAUCUGGGUGCUGAAUCUACAGAGACAACCACAUUAAUUUCUGCCGCUGUUGAUGAGAUUGAGGACAGUCUCUACUAUUUUAGUGAUGUUAUUUCUGCAGGAAUUCCUGAUGUUGGGAGGUUAAUUACAGAUAACAUCUUGCAGCUUUUGAUAUUUCCAUUGCUUCUUCCUUCUCUUACAAGAAAAGCUGUCGAAGGGGUACAAAUUGGCGCUGCCAUUUCUUUAUAUUUGGUUUGUUGCAUCCUGCGCAUAGUGAAAAUCAAGGAUUUGGCAAAUACCAUUGCUGCUGCUCUUUUCUGUCCAUUAGAUGCUGUCGUACCAAAGUUCGGAUCUAAGCCCAAUGGCUAUACGCCUUUGUGUGCUUUUGAACAUGAAAGUGAACCGCCAGACAGUAAUAAUCUAACCAAGGCAGAUGCUGGAAUACUAAGAGUUGAUGUGACAAACUUGUCAAGCUCUCCCAAAAUCCACUCAGCGGAUGUCCCAAGAGAAAAUGACUGUUGUGAUUUUCAUUUGUCUUUGAGGGAGGCUUUGAUUUCUUAUAUUACUAGUGGGGACGAUGUACAAGUGGCGGGUUCGUUGAGUGUACUAGCUACUUUGUUGCAGACAAAAGAAUUGGAUGAAUCAAUGCUAGAUUCUCUUGGAAUUCUUCCUCAACGCAAACAGCAUAAGAAACUCCUGCUGCAAGCUUUGGUUGGUGAAGGCUCAGGUGAAGAGCAGCUAUUUUCUUCAGAAAGUGGCUCAUCGAGAGAUGGUGUCGAAUUUGGUAGUGAACUUGAUAGCUGUCUACAAAAGCUUAAGGAGCAGUAUGGAGUUGUGUGUUCUUUUCUGGAAGUGAGAGCUAGCCCUCGCGUACACAGAUUCCAGGUGCUUGACGCAUUGGUUAGUCUUUUUUGCCGUUCAAAUAUAUCUGCAGAGACAUUAUGGGAUGGUGGUUGGCUUUUGCGCCAGUUACUUCCUUAUAGCCAGGCAGAAUUUAACAGCCAUCAUCUCAAGUUGCUGAAUGAUUCGUAUAAGAACUGCGCUAGUGCUCUUCUCAAAGAGACCAGAGGAAUCUGGCCAGAUCUACUUAUUACAAUUCUCUCUGAUGAAUGGAAAAGGUGCAAGAGAGCAAUAGAGGCCUCCUCCCCUCGGAAAGAGCCCAAGUGCAUUCUGUUAUCAUCUCCGAAGUUCUCUUCUGAAGAUGGUAUAACAAGUGAUUCAUCGUUUGUUGCUGGUGAAAGGAUGUGUGAAUUGGUCAAGGUAUUCGUGCUUCAACAUCAACUCCAAAUUUUCUCCGUUGGUAGAUCUCUGCCCGAGAAACCUCCUAUUGACCCUCCAGCUGAUAUUUUUGAAAAUUCCCGUGCACAAAGUGCUGGCGUAGAUUCCUCAGGUCCAAAGCUUGGCACUGAGCUAAGGCUUGUUGAUGCUGUGCCUUGUAGAAUUGCGUUUGAGAGGGGUAAAGAACGUCAUUUUUGCUUUCUAGCAAUCUCUUUGGGUGCAUCUGGGUGGGUUGUUUUAGCUGAAGAGUUACCCUUAAAGGAGCCUUAUGGAGUUGUCCGUAUGGUUGCACCUUUGGCUGGUACCGAUUUCAUAUUGGUAAACAGUACCAGAUGUUUUCUGUGGAAGCCAAAAGUUGACGAUAAGCAUUCAAGAUGGAUGCACUUGCGGAUCCGUCCAUCCACUUUCCCCUUUGUGGAGCCUGCUAGAUAUGGUGCCUACGGGAAAGCGAAGACAAAAGCUUUGGUUGAUGGCAGAUGGACCCUAGCAUUCAGGGAUGAAGAAUCUUGCAACUCUGCUUUGUCUAUGAUUUUGGAGGAGAUAAGCCUACAAAGCAAUGAGGUGGAGAGAAGACUAAAACCUUUACUUGACCUUGAAACCAUUGUAGAAUCUUCAAACUCUUCUCUAGGUCCUCCUAAGGCUACCUCUUCUUAUUCAACAUUUUCCAAUUCUUUAUAGGUCUCCAACGUUGUCGAGUUUCCCAAUAAUAGUUUGCUAUACUCACACUAUCCUUUUGCAAACCUAGUCCCAAUUCGAGAUUCGAGAUCAAUAUGUGCACACCCUUUGUAUAUUGCACCGGUUGGGCGUGUUGAUGAGGGGGUCGAAGACCAAGAAGUGAGUUAUUUAUGGGGGGUGGGAAUAUUUAGUCACCCUUUGUAUAUUUUUCAAACAACCUUAGGCAUACCCAAAAUGUAGAGUAGCACCGGGAUUUUUGUACCAUUCUUUGUAUAGAAGCUUUCCACUUGUCCUGAUUAUUGAGUUUAUCCGCUUUUUCUUCUCAUUCUUUAGCAGCUCCCCUAACCCUAGGCUUUUACUUCCAUAAUUUUGUUAUCCCUGUAACAACAUUGUAUAAAUGAGGUGAUUUCUAUAGUGAAGGCUUUUUGUGCAUUUGUUUU